AUGGACUCUAUCGAGACGCUCGUCAUGGGCGACAGCGGCACGUCUGGUGCGCUCCGCUUCAGAAAUGGCGCCGGGGAGGAGUUCCUCGUGACGCUCGGCGUCCAUAAUUAUAAGAGGUGGUGCGACGUCGUCACUGACCUGGGGGCCGGAGAAACGGGCAUGAAAAUACAGCCCGAGUACUACAUGGACUCCAGCCCCAGGAACCAGAUGCUGUGGAAGCAACUGGCUGACAUCCAAAGGAAGAGCGCGAAGGGAACUUCGGUGGAAGUUAAAAUAACCGACGACACUACCUGUAAACCCGGUUUCACGGUCGUCGAGAAAGCCGUGUGGCUCCACGCCAACGGCGGGACGUGGUCCAACAUAGGACCCACGGAGACGCUCAUCACAGGCGGCAGCGGCACGUCUGGUGCGUUGCGCUUCAGAAAUGGCGCCGGGGAGGAGUUCCUCGUGACGCUCGGCGUCCACAACUACAAGAGGUGGUACGAUGUCGUCAUGGAUCUUGCGCCUGGAGACAGAGGCAUGAAGAUCCAGCCCGAGUAUUACUCAGAUAGCGCUAGGGGCGAGAUGCUAUGGAAGCAACUGGCUGAGGUCCGAAAGAAAGAGCGCGAAGGGAACUACCGUGACGGUGAAUGUUAUAACAAGGAGUUGUAA